AUCUCCGUGGUCUCAAUGCUACCGAACGCUCACCAGUGGUAGACCCGAUAGACAGAGAAAGAGAGAGAUCAAGCAAGACUCUUUACCCUGCGGAAGCCUCAGAAACCGGACACCGACCAUCAGAGAUAACUCAAACAAGCAGGAGAACAUGUCGUGGCAAACUUACGUAGAUGAGCACCUCAUGUGCGAAAUCGAAGGCAAUCACCUCUCUGCCGCCGCUAUCAUUGGCCAUGACGGUAGUGUUUGGGCCCAGAGCUCCACUUUCCCUCAGUUGAAGCCUGAAGAAAUAGCUGGCAUUAUGAAUGACUUUGCUGAACCUGGAUCACUUGCUCCGACUGGGUUGUACCUUGGUGGCACAAAGUAUAUGGUGAUCCAAGGGGAGGCAGGAGCUGUCAUUCGAGGGAAAAAGGGCCCUGGUGGUGUUACUGUGAAGAAGACAAAUCAGGCCUUAAUAAUUGGUAUCUAUGAUGAACCAAUGGCUCCUGGCCAGUGCAACAUGAUCGUCGAAAGGCUUGGUGAUUAUCUCAUUGAUCAGGGUCUCUAAUUGCCUUGAUAUGCCAUGUAAUUUGAACAAAUCUUCAUCGCAUCUAUGCAAACAGGGCUGCAUUUACUGACCUGCUGUUUGAAUAACGACUGGUUGCAGUGAAAUGAUAUUUCAAAAUAUUAAGCGUUAUGGGAAGUAUGCUUAGAACCAAAGGUUUGAUUUAUGCUUGGGGAGUGAUGACUUUGGUCUUUAGUCUUUGUAACUAUUUUGAUGGAAGUAUAAUGAUGAUUAUCUCGUGAGACAUUUCUCCACAUUACUGUGGUAUUCCAUUUAAUGGAUAUGGUAUAUCGCUUUGGCAUAAA